AUGGCCCCAGCUACAAAAGAGACUCUUUCUGAGGUGAAUGAGAGGCUGGAUCAGCUUCUGCUCCAACUGAUGGAUGACUUGGAGGCCCUGAAGGAGAAAAGAGAAAACCUCAACAGCCUCAUAGAGAAGGGGUGGUUCUACCUCUCUCAGUCACGGUAUUCAAUGGGGAAUAAAUUUGUAUCUUCUCUGCAAUAUAAACAUGACAUGGUUCCAUCUGUCUGUGUUAAGGGCAGUACCUCAGAGGAGGGGUGCAACAGUGUUUCUUGUUGGGAAUAUUGAGUCGAAAAAGGGGGAGUCUGGGAAAAGAGAGGAAACUCAAGAGGUCGAGACAAUUGGAGCAUUGGAUCAAGUGCUGAGACACCGCGGCCACAAGUCAACUACAGAGACUCCUAAACACCCAAAGACUGAAGGAAAUGAGAAACAAAAGCCGCUACCUAGUCAUGACCCUUUGCACUGGUUUGGCAUUCUUGUUCCUCAGAGCUUGCGCCAAGCACAAAAUACUUUCCGCCAGGGUAUCCUUCUAACUGCUGAAGUUGCCUCUCUACAGAGCAGCAUCGAUGAGACCCGCAAACAGUACCGAGCAUUACUGACUGACAAACAUCAGCUACAGUCUCAGUCUGUCUGUGCAUAA